CGCAACACUUGGGUUUUUCCAUCGAAUAAAACACUUGACACAUUUCAAAAGAAAACAAUCAAUCAAGAAAUGGCGAUGUCAGGAAAAUACGUGGCGGAAGUACCGCUGAAAGGGUCGGCGGAGAAACACUACAGGCGAUGGAGGAGCCAAAACAAUCUCUUCCCGGACGCCAUCGGCCACCAUGUCCAAGGCGUCACCGUCCACGAUGGCGACUGGGACUCCCACGGCUCCAUCAAAUCCUGGAACUACACACUUGAUGGGAAGCCGGAAGUCAUCAAGGAGAAAAGAGAGAUAGACGACGAGAAGAUGGCGUUGACGUUCAGAGGACUAGAGGGUCAUGUGAUGGAGAAGUACAAGAAGUAUGAGGUUAUCUUACAGUUCAUUCCCAAGUCGAACGAAGGCUGCGUCUGCAAAGUCACUCUGAUAUGGGAGAAUCGCAACGAAGACUCCCCCGAACCCAUCAACUACAUGAAGUUUGUCAAGAGCUUAGUUGCUGAUAUGGAUGACCACAUCCUCAAGGGCCAGAACAAAGCUUAAUAACCCUCCAUGGUCAUCGUCGUAAAUCAUCCUCAUGCAUGUGUCUUUUGUACUUGUCUCGUAAGUGCCUUUAUCAUCCGCCUUUACAUGUUAUGCUAAUAAUAAUGGCGGUCUUGUUAAGCAAUUGUAUUGUAUGCUUAUGUAUACCAUCUCUGUCUGUGAUGUUAUUAUGCGUGUUCGUAAUAAAAUAAGUGUGUUAGUU